GUCCCGGCUGGGGCGGUCAGGCUGGAUGUUGCCUGGGAAGCAGCUCCGGGUUGCAGGGCAGGGACGCGCCCUUCCCCCGUGCAAACUUUCAGUCGCUGCGACGGAAGCAGGAACUUGGUCACGACAAAAUCUGCGGGACCGGUGCGGGAGCUGCCGAACAUCCCCUGCGAUCAUCCCCAGAGCCUUGCGCCGCUUCGCCGGUUCUUUGCAAAAGCGACCUAACUGUCCUUGGGCCCAAGCGCCGCGGGGGCCACAGGGGUCUCUCGCUUGCAGAGAAAAAGCCAUCUGUACAAUUUUCCUGAAGUAAACUGAGACCAGAAGAGCCAUCCUUGAGCAGAAGGGUCCAUCCUUGAGCAGAAGGGUCCAUCCUUGAGCAGAAGGGUCCAUCCUUGAGCAGAAGGGUCCAUCCUUGGUCUCUGCAGAGAGAUCAAGACUAAGCAACAGUUCAGAAUGUUCUUCAGGGGAGCGAGCUUGACUUACGCAUUGGUGGUCAUUUCCUUCCUGACACCAAGGUCGUCUGCUGGUCAGAACUGCCUCACCAAGAGUCUAGAAGACGUUGUCAUUGACAUCCAGUCAUCGCUUUCAAAAGGCAUUCGAGGCAAUGAGCCCAUACACGUGGCAACUCAGGAAGACUGUGUCGGUGCCUGCUGUUCAACAAAAGACAUAGCAGGGGACAAGGCAUGUAAUUUGAUGAUCUUUGACACCCGGAAGACAGACAGACAGCCCAACUGCUACCUGUUUUUCUGUCCCAGCGAGGAUGCCUGUCCGCUGAAGCCAGCCAAGGGCCUUGUGACCUACAGACUCGUCAGAGAUUUUCCGCUGACCAGCGCUAAUUCAUCACUCCAACAGUUAACACAAGGAGAGUCUCUCUCACUUGGCCAUUCGUCACCAGGAGCCACCCCUGGGGUUCGUACCCCAGCAGGUUCCCCAAAGCCCACCGGCCUGUCUUGGAGUGACGGAUCUUCUCUGAAGUCCACAGCCCCGCUGCACUUGAGCAAACACAUCAAGGAUGAUGAAACAAGCACGCAGCUCCGUGAAGAAAAAAGCCAUCCUCAGAGUUUACAACUUCCCUCGGAACUAAAUAUGGCUCAUUUGCUCCCUAAAACUGUGCCGACUCUACCUACCACUGUAGCUGUGGCUCCCCUCCGUAACGUCUCUGCCACCCUGAAGCCUGCGCUUCUGUUGACCAGCGUUUCAGUGACAGCUAAGACUUUGAAGCAGAAGGAGGCCACCACAGCAUCACCUGUCACCAUCGUGACCUCGAAGCUCCCAGCAGUCCCUGAGUCUACAAGUUUUACACCCGUGGUUACACAUCAGGCAGCUUUGACUAACACCUUUCAGGCACAUACAGACUCCAAAGGCAUCUUCGAAACAAUGCCCUUUCAAGGAGGCUCUACGCUGACUUCAGACCCGAGGCAUGGGAAAAGCUCAACCUCAGAGUCUUCCAUUACAAACAAGACUGCUUCCUGGGAGGACAGGAGGGUCAGUGUAGGCAGCGCAUCACUGAACAAGGGUCCAAAAAGCCAGCAUGGCCUUUCAUUUGAGAAGUGGCUUCUCAUUGGGACCCUCCUUUGUGGUGUUUUGUUUCUGGUAAUAGGCCUGGUCCUCUUGGGUAGGAUGCUGGUUGAAGCUCUCCGUAGGAAACGGUAUUCAAGACUUGACUACUUGAUCAACGGGAUCUAUGUUGACAUCUAAAGACAAGUUCGGUAUCUCUUAGUUCAUGUAAGAACUCAUUGCCAAACACACCUGUGUCCCUUCUGCUCAGCCUGUCUCAGCAGGAACCGUAUCUUGAAGAAUAGCCCUACUUCCCUCCUUCCCCCUCCCCCUCUCCCUCUCCCUCCUCUUCCUCCUCUUCCUUUUCCUUUUCGAAACAGGCUCAGGUAGCCCAGGCUGGUUUUGAACUCCUGAUCUUCCUGCCUCUGCCUCCUGAGUUCAGGGAUUGCAGAUUUUUCACUACCAUGUCUGGAUUUUUAAUUAAGAAAAAAAAUUUUUUUUAAUUUUUUUUCCAAUAAUACAGGUGAGGGCCCUCUGCAUGCUAGG